AUGUUGGCCAAGAUCCACAAUGUGAAAGCAGGCGCCAUUGAUGGGAUGAGGACCACAUGGGGAGGACCCCAGGCCACCCUCCGGGGCGCAGACCUGGGGGGCCUCGAGCUCUUGCUGCCCCCUGCGUCUCCCACCACCUGCUUCCCACCACAGGUGCUUCACAGUGGGAAAGGGGAGGCGCCAGGUCUGGCCGCCCCCGCGGGGCCCUGCAGGCUGUGGGGAGCGACAGGCCCCGUCCCUGCGCUGCUUGGCGAAGUGUACACGCCGCCUGCAAAUCCGCCGCCAGCAAACCCGCCGCCGCGUCGCGCGGACGCUGGACCUGCUCCUGGGCGGAGCCAGCGGGCUCGCAACUACCUGGGCGCCCAGGUGCCAGCAUCUCUGACCUUGGUGUUCACUGAGCUCUUGGAGCAGGCUGCGGGUGUGGGCUUCUUCCAGGCCCUGCAGGGCCUCACCUUCUUCCUCCUCUCGGUCUGGGCACCCAUCCAAUUAGUUGUGGAGAACUUUUCAGCUGCUGUCCCAGGCCACCGCUGCCGUGCCCACAUGCUGGACAAUGUCUCUGAGGCCCCCGCAAACCUCACCCCCGAGGCCCUCCUGGCCGUCUCCAUCCCACCGGGCCCCAGCCAGGAGCCCCACCAGUGUCUGCGCUUCCGCCAACCACAGUGGCAGCUCCUGGACCCCAACGCCACGGCCACCAACUGGAGCGAGGCUGCCACGGAGCCGUGCGUGGACGGCUGGGUCUACGACCGCAGCACGUUUACCUCCACCAUCGUGACCGAGGACCUGGUGUGUGACCACCAGGGCCUGAAGCCCCUAGGCCGGUCCAUCUACUUGGCGGGGGCCAUGGCGGGCGCCGCCUGGGGCCUCCUCUCCCACCAGUUUGGGCGGAAGCCAGUUCUGAGCUGGCGCUGCCUGCGUGGCGUGGCCAGCGUCAGCCCCAUCGUUGCCCCCAAUUUCCUUGUCUGAUUUUUGAGCUCUUUGGGAUUGUCUGGCACCAUCCUGACCUCCACGACGCUCAUGGUGGAGUGGACCACGACCCGCACAGGGGCCGUCACCAUGACAAUCCUGAGAUGCACCUACAGCAUCGGCCAGAUGGCCAUGGGCAGCCUGGCCUUUGCCCGGGACCGGCGAGCCCUCCAGCUGGCCUGUUGCACCUGCUUCUUUAACCGGUGGCUGCCAGAAUCCGCCCGAUGGCUGAUUAUGGUGGGCAAAACAGAUUGAGCGCUUCAGGAACUCAAAAAGGUGGCCAAGAUAAUUGGCCACAAGGAAGCCAAAAAGACACUGACUAUAUAGGUACCGAUGUCCAGCAUGGAGGAGGAAGUAGCCUCUGCAAAGUCCCCCCGGUCAGGGCUGGACCUGUUCUGAAUGUUCACGCUCCGCUGGAGAAGCUGCAGACUGUUGGUAGUGAGCUUGUCCCUCACCCUCUCCUACUAUGGGCUAGUCCUCAACCUGCAGAACCUGGGGAACAGCAUCUUCUUCCUCCAGGUCCUCUUUGGAGCCUUGGACUUCCGGGCCCGGGUCACCACCACGGUCCUGCCCAGGUUCUUUGGCCACCACACGACCCUGACCGGCUCCCUGGCCGUGGCUGGCCUCGCCAUCCUGGCCAACACGCUGGUCCCACAAGAUCUGCAGACCCUGCCUGUGAUCUUGGCUGUGCCGGGAAAGGGAUGUUUUGGCAUCAGCUUAACCUGCAUCAUGGUCUACAAGCCGGAACUCUUCCCAACAUCGCUGCGGAUGACAGCAGAAGUCUUCCUGCAUUCAGCAGGUCAGCGGGGGUCUGUAAUGGGCCCCCUGACCAGGAUGACCUUCCCCUGCUGGCUCCCCCUCUACGGUGUCACCCCCAUCAUUUCCAACCUCAUCGUCCUCUUCCUCCUGGAGACCUGGGGACUUCCACUCCCUGACACCAUCCAGGACCUGGAGAGACAGUGA